CUCGACAACCCUAUCCACACCACUCCCUCCCACAAAUCAUCUCUCUCUCUCUCGCAAAGAUGUCCGAAUACUGGAAAUCCACGCCGAAAUACUGGUGCAAAUUCUGCGCCGACUUCGUCAAAGACACGCCCUUUGCGCGGCGCGAGCACGAAGCGUCCCCAAAGCACCAGCGCAACAUCCAGCGCUCCCUGCGCGAGCUGCACAAGACCACGGAGCGCGAGCAGCGCGAGAAGGCGCGCGCGCAGGCCGAGAUCGCGCGGCUGAAUGGCGUCGUGCCCGGCGCGGCGGCGGGAGGCAGCGAGCAGCCGUUGCCGUGGAAGAUGAAGGCGGUGGAAAGGAGUGCUGGGGAGAAGCGGCAGGCGACGGCGGAGGAGAGGAAGAGGCAGCUGCAGCAGUUGGCGGAUAUGGGGGUGGCGGUGCCGGAGGAGUUUCGGAAGGAGGUCGCGAUGGUGGGGGGGUGGGAGACGGUGGCGAGUCGCCCGAUCUAUAACACGGAGGAGGAGAAGAGCUUUGACACGUUGUCGGUGGGCGUUAGGAAAAGGAAGAUUGAUGAGGAGGAGGAGGAGGUUAGGGCGGCGGAGGAGAUGGCGGAGAGGAGGAAGGGGUGGGGGCAGGCGUUUAAGCAGUUUCCUGGGAGGAAGGGGGAGGAGGAGGAUUUGGAGGUGCUUAUGAGGAUUGGGAAGAGGAAAGAGGUGAAGAAGGAGGAUGAGAGCACGGAGAAUGUAAAGGUUGAGGAGGGUGCGGAGGGGACACCAGUGAAGCAGGAUACAGACGCGGGAGACGGGCCGGUGCUGAAGGAAGAAGAGGCAGAGAAAAAGUUGAGCGAGGUGCCGGUAGCUGGAGAUGCAAUCCCGUCCCCGGAGACGAAGGUCGAGAAGAAGGUUGCUGCGCCAGCUGUGGUCUUCAAGAAGCGGAAGAGGGCCGCGAAGCCUGCUUGAGCCAGGACGUUGUGCGACUACUACGAUACCCAAACCCCUAAGAGGUUUGCAAGAACCAUCUAAG